UCCAUCCACCCUAUUUGUUCUGGAGACGGGCCCCAGCCCAGCAAGGUACUUCAGCACAUGUUGAAGUGGAUGAGGAGCCCAAGGGAAAGGUGGGAAGGUGUGUAGCUAAGAUGGAUCAGUCUGCUAGAAGACAUGGAGAACAUCAGAGUCAAGCUGCUUGUCCAACAUCUGUGCUUUCACCACCCAAUCAUUGUGACAGAAGCAGAGGGACACACAUGCUUGUGACGUCCUGUGGGCUACAGGGCAGGACCUAAUGGUGUGUCAAUGAAAGGUGUUGCAAGAGUCAUCAACCGGCAACGAACGCAAUAAAGGAGAAGGUGAGCCAGGCAGGCUGGUUACUGCAGUGUAUUGUUUCAGUCACCUUCAGGAGUGAGACUGCAAAGGGGAAGUAGCUUCCCCUUCAUGAAAGGAUCCACUGAAAGCCUCCAGGUGUCCCUUUGGACGUCCUCCUUGCCCCCCAAAAUGUACUCUUGCCUGAGAGAGUGAAACACAAGCAGUGUUUGGCCAAAAUCUAUCUGGACUUUUAUUUGCUGCCUUCCAGCCAGAACAUGCCUAGAGAAUGAAGAGGCACAUGCAAGCUCGGGGACAAGGCUUUCCUGACAAGCUGCUCUGUGGCCUGGUUGUUACUGCAAGUCUUUUUCUGCUCUCAGAAACCAGUUCUUUGCGAGGGAAAAAGCUGGAUCUAUCGGCGAAGUAUCAGAAGUAUGUAUCCCUGGCCAACACCAGCAUCCCCCAGCUCUGCCAGUUCACUGUAUGCAUUGAUCUAAACAGGACUACAAAUGUCAGCAUUUGGACAGCUUUUUCAUAUGAUAUAAAUAACAACUCCACCAACAUCCAUGAUGCAGAGCUCGGGCUCUCUGGAGAAAACAAGCAUUUGAAGUUGUAUCUCUUUGGCACCACCAGAGAAAUCAAGCUUGACUUAACUCUUUUUGAAUGGCAUAGUGUGUGCUACACGUGGGACAGCAAGGAGGGGCUGCUGCAGGUCUACAACAAUGGGCAGCACUUGGAGACGGAGGCCAUGAACAGUACAAAGUGCCUCAGGCCGAAGGGCAGCUUAGUGCUGGGGUAUUUGCACAAAAACCAGGGAGGCUCCAUCAUUGUGCAGGUGAACAGCGGCUUUAUCGGCAACCUGUACUACUUUCAAAUGUGGGACAGGGUUUUAAAGCAGGAGGAGCUAAUGAACUGCUCCCAGGGAAACGUCGUUAGCUGGAACGCAGGGCAUUGGGACUUCGACAACAUCAUUCCAGUCACCGACCAUCACCUGCGCUGCGCAAAGUCCUGGGAAGGAUCAGCCUCAACAACUGCUGCUACGUUAGCUCCACCAUCUCCAGCUAAAACUACUAGUGGUAUCACUCUAACUUUCACUGCUUCCAUGGGAGGUGUGACAACUGAAAACAAAGCCACGUGUGCCCCUAAAUACACUACGAAGAAGACAAGUUCUGCGUCCUUAACUACUGCUGUAACACAGGCACCAGAGACCAUACCAGCAACUAAACCCAGAGGGACCACACAGGCAUUUGUAUCUCUGCUCACAACAACAACCAAGGUUACUGUUUUGGUGUCGGAGACUACACUUUCACUGACCACAGCUUCACCCAGACCUGAUGAGACUGAUCCCACCUCCAAACCUGAUGGGAUACAAACUUCUGUGACUGCCUCACCUAUAAAAACUACUAGUACUAUGUCUGUUUCCAGAUCAAUGGUGACAUCCAAGCCCUCUGAGUUUACAUUUGUAUCUACACCUGACCUAACCACGGCCGGUCAUAAACUAGUUACCUUCUACAACAUUCAGGUGAACUUUUCUGCUACCCAUGAACCCCAGAGACCUCCUGAUUAUUAUGAUGUAAGGAACCUUACUGAAACCUGGCUUAAUGACAGAUUGUCUGGCACUGAAUUUCUUGUUACAAAUUACAAGAUAAAGACAGUAGGCAGGGCUUCAACAGGAGGACGUGUCCAGAGGAAGGCUCAGAUGGAGAAAAAGCAGAACUCCCGAAGCUAUGGCUCCAAAGCCAUUGUAAAGGCCGAAUCUUCUGAAACACAAGAAGUACUGACUGAGAAGAUAACACAGCUGUUGACUGGCACGUAUGUGGAGACACCAACGUCGUUCUCUUUGGAACUUGACAAUGUGACUGUUGCCCCAAUAGAUCCAGGAAACUGCCCAGGAAAUCCCACACAUUCAGAAUACAAAGGGACCUACCUGUGGCCACUGACUACUGCUUUUGGCAAAACUGAACUCAACUGCACGAAAAAUCCUCAACAGUUGGCCAAGAGGCACUGUGUGAUUAAUAUUGAGCGUGGGAAAGCUCGUUGGAAAAGACCAGAUCUGUCUGUAUGCAAAUUACUGAAAGAACUUCCAAAUAAUAUUCUGGAUCUUCAAUAUAUCAUCAUAACAGAAGAGAAUGCACAGGAUGUUGCAGAGCACAUUUUAAACCUGAUUGUAAACUUAACACAACUGGAGGCAGAAGAAAUGAAGAUCAUUGUAGAUACAACUUCUGACAUUGCAAACUGUAGUGAGAUAAGCAUGACUCUGGCAAAGACAACACUAGGAAUACUGAAUAUGGUUUUGCUGAAACAAAAUAAUACGCACAGUUUGCACAAAGUGACCAACAGGGUCUUAAGGACGAUUGAACAGAUAGGUUACAGAAUGACCUAUCCUGGGAGGAAUGCAUCGAUAAUAAUGGCAGCCCUGGCUUUGGUUGUGACACAUCCAGAUCCUAGCAGUUUCCAAGGACUGGCCUUUGGGGUUACCUCAUAUAAGGAAGACCUGAAUCCAAAGAUUGAGAUGCAAGAAACACCCUUUCAAAAGGCCUUGGCCUCUGUGUUUUUGCCAAGAUUAAUGAGGGAAUACUUGGGGAUCCAUUCUUUUGAUCCAGAAGAUCAUCCGAAGAUCCAGUUUACUUUCUUUGGCACAACUUCACUCUUUAUGGGUGGCAGUUCUGGGAAUGAAACGUUGAACACUUAUGUUGUGAGCGCCAGCAUUGAAAACGUAUCCAUUCAGAACCUCAAAGAGCCAGUCAAUAUUAUUUUAGAGCAUAUAAACCCAAACAUGGACAAUGCUUCAGUGCGCUGUGUGUUUUGGGACUUUAUGAAGAACAAUGGACUAGGUGGUUGGAAUACAUCUGGGUGUGAAAUGCAAUACACGGAUAUGAAUUAUACAAUCUGUUAUUGUAACCAUCUUACCCAUUUUGGAGUCCUGAUGGACUUAUCCCGGACUCCAACAGAUCCUGUGAAUGACCGUAUAUUAACUCUGAUAACCCAUGCAGGAUGUGGUGUCUCUUCCCUUUUCCUAGGGGUAGUAUUGGUGAUAUACCUUGCCCUUGACAAGCUUCGGAGAGAUUAUCCUUCCAAAAUCCUGAUCAACCUCUGUGCUGCACUGCUGAUGCUGAACCUGAUAUUCCUGGUCAAUUCCUGGCUGACAUCAUUUAAUAACCACGGCCUUUGUAUCACAGUAGCUGUGUUCCUUCACUACUUCCUGCUCACAGCCUUCACGUGGAUGGGUUUGGAAUCUGUUCACAUGUACUUAGCUCUCAUCAGAGUCUUCAAUACAUACAUUCCACACUACAUCCUUAAAUUUUGCAUUGCUGGGUGGGGACUACCAGCUGUUGUGGUUGCUAUCAUACUCAUAAUAAAAAAAGACUUUUAUGGCAGUAGAUCACCGUCUGAAAGCAACAACCCAUUCACCGAUUUCUGUUGGAUUGAAAAUAAUGUCGUCUUUUACAUCUCUGUUGCGGCCUACUUCUGCUUCAUAUUUUUGAUAAACAUGGUGGUAUUUAUUGCUGUUCUUGUUCAAAUCCAUUUCAUGAAAUCAAAGACAAGAACAAGGUCCAAGGACUGGAAAAAGCGCUUUCUCCAUGACCUGAAAAGCACCAUCAGCUUGACUGCCUUGCUUGGUCUAACAUGGGGCUUUGCCUUCUUUGCCUGGGGACCAGUAAAGAUUUGUUUCCAGUAUCUCUUCGCCAUUUGUAACACACUGCAAGGGGUCUUCAUCUUUGUGUAUCACUGCCUCAUGAAGGAGAAUGUGAGGAAGCAGUGCCGUGUACACUUCUGCUGGGGAAGGUUUCGGCUGAAUAAUUAUUCUGACUGGAGUGGGUCAGGGUCAGGAUAUAAGCCAAGAAAUGUAGAGGAUAAUUUAUUCUUCCAUUCCUUGAAGUCAACUAAGUCCAUGAAAUCUAAUGGAACAAGCUCAACUUCCAAUGGCUCCAGCUGCCUACAGGGGACUUCUUUGGAUAUGAACUUCAGAAUAGGUGAGGUGCAUUACAAUCCAGGUGCUCUCAUGCCACCUGAUCAUGAGGCCAGAUGUCCUUGGACAAGAAGAGUAUCACCCAUGGAUGUACAACUGCACUGUACUCAGAAGUCUAGGUUCUUACAGUGACACUCAAUCUAGCUAUCUCUGAUAUGCUGAUGACUGUCUUGUUUUGUGCCUUGUACAAAUUAAUGCUGAUAUCCGUAUUUAUUUUAAUUAUAUAAUUAGCAUUCUGAAGAUGGUUACAGGGCUAAAGUCUUCUUGGAGUCAUGUUGAUACAACCCCAUUAACUUUAGUGGGUUCAUGUACAUGUAUGGAGAAAUUAACAUACCAAUGUGGGUAAGAUUUUAUGAAAUUUGGCCCCUGUUGGUUAGUGUUCAUUUGACAACGGUAUGCUGCUGGGGGUCAGCAUAUUAUACAAAGAUCUCUUAAUUAUUUUUGCAACUGGUAUACUAAUUAACUAGCAUCAAGACAUUCAAAUCAGAUCCAGAUACAAAUGCUAUGUUUAAUUUAUAUUUAACAAAAUAAAGAACACAUGAAAUACA